AUCUUCGGAUCUUCCCACUCACCAACACUCCAUCCAUCCGCUCUCCCAGACACACUCUCUCUCUCUCACACGCACGCGCACACACACACACACACACAGUGGGAGGCCGGAGUGCGCAGAGUUUAAUAUACUAGCAAACACACAUUCGCCAUUUCCCCAACGUUGUUAAACCUGCGAGAAUCCUAAGCCCUCAUCUCUAUCACUACCGACUACCGUCUCGUUUCGCACAGAAAAUAUAUCUCGACUUUCCAAAAACAGAAACCCUUCUCUUUUCCACGUUAUCUUUCUGGGGUGGUUUGUUACGACAUACAUUACUCAUGGACCCGAUGAUUGAUCCUGGCUCAUCAAUUCCUGAACUGAUCAGAUUUAUUAAGCACUCAUUUCGCGAGUGCGAGUUUGAUGAGGUGCAGAAUAUAUUGAUGGAGCGGGAAAAGAGUAUGAAAGUUGAAAUGGAAAAGCUUGUCAGAGAUUGUGAUGAACUGAAGAAACAGGUUGAUGUUCUGGAGCGCUCUAAGGUCUAUACGGAGUCCGAGAAACGUGAUCUGGAGGGGAAGCUUCAGAAGAGAGGCGAGGAGUUAGAUAAAAUGAUCGUCCAAACGAAGGAGAAAUUUGAGAAAUUGAGUAGCGAAAAACACGAUGUUGAGGAAAAGCUGGUACGGAGUAGUGAGAAAUGCGAGGAGAUGGAUGAACGGCUAGUCAAAAUGGGGAAGGAGAUUGAGGAAUUAAGGCGAGAGAAACUGUCUGCAAAUAAAAUCAUUUGGGAGUUGAAGGCUAAGGAGAUUGAGGCUGAUCGCGUAGUGCAGGAACUGAAGCGCGAAAAUGAUGAGGCUGUUCAUACCAUUGAUGAGUUGAGAGCGGAAAAGAUGAAGUCUGAUAAGGCAGUUGGAGUUUAUGAAAAUGACUUAGAUCCUAGGAUUUUGAAGCUGGAGAGAUCCAUCGCCAAAAUGUUGAGCGUGAAUGUGGAAGAUCUUGCCAGUUUGGCAAAUAGCGACGGUUUUGCUGCUGCAGCUAUUGACGCUGAAGUGGAGGAGAAUUCGCAGAAUGGCGAGGUGAACCCUGAAGAAGAUAGGGCUAUCGUGUCACCUAAAGUUCCUGCAAUUUCUGGUUCACACACAAGUGUAACGCAACCGGAGAAGACAGUGCCUUCAUCUGGUGCUGCUGAAAAUGUGCCUACAGAGAAGACAGUGUCUUCAUCUGGUGCUGCUGAAAAUGUUGUAAUAGUGAUAGAUGAUAGCGACAGCGAUGACGAAACCUCCAUUCCGGAUACGUCGUGUGGGCAGAGAAAUAAGGAUGAGAGGAAAGACAGCAGAGAGGACUCUGUCAUGAAUUGUAGUAAAAGGAGGAAAAUAAGCACAUCUGCUACACCAUCUCGCUGUAGUUCAUUGUCCAGCAGAGUUAAAGAGAGAGAUGGUGCUUGUGCUGCAGUUGGCGUUGAUUCUACAGAUUCAGAUGAUGAAUUGAUCUCAGAUGCCUACAUGAACAACCUCGUUGCGAAGAUUCAAAGGAUAAGAGGGAGCAAAAAGGAUUAGUCGUGGUAGUGGCUGCUUGGUAUCUGUAACUAUGCUGUUCUUGAUUGGGGAGUUAGCUAUGCGUAUGCAUAUAUGGUUUUUGAUAUUCGAAUGAUCAUGCCAAGUAAGCAUUCACUAGUCGUGCUCCCACGCUAAGCGUGAAAUUGCAUGUUAUUUUUUAAAAUUUAAAUUUAGAACAACUUAAAUUUGUUAAGUA